AUGGUUACAUCUCCACGUCCUCUCAAACCGACUUCGGAAUCCUCUAGUGUUGUACCCAGGGACAAGAAACAUGCAGGGGUCUUUUUGUCGACCAAGGAUGUUGACACUGGUGCCCAGCUCGUUGCUGGGUUAACUUCAACUCUUGAUCCAGACGAGGCUUUGAGAUUAAGGAGGAAGAUCGAUAGACAUAUCAUGCCUCUGAUGUGUGCUAUGUACUGGAUUCAAUUCAUGGACAAGACAACCCUGGGUUAUGCGGCCGUCCUUGGAAUUCAACAGGCCACGAAGCUGACUACGAACGAGUACAAUUGGCUUGGCACUGUAUUCUAUCUCAGUUAUCUUUUCUUCGAGUAUCCCCAGAACCUUGCCCUUCAGAGAUUCCCAGUCGGGAAGUGGAUGAGUAUCAAUAUCUUCAUCUGGGCAGUUGCACUUGCAUGUCAUGCAGCAUGCAAAAACUUCACUGGGCUUCUUGUUGUACGCCUGUUGCUAGGCGCAUGUGAGGGGUCGAUCACUGCCGGAUUCUUGAUUGUUAGCUCCAUGUUCUACACACGGACGGAACAGACGCUACGGGUUGGUUAUUGGUUUCUGAUGAAUGGCUUUGCACAAAUCAUAGCUGGUUUCAUCAGCUUUGGUGUUUUGCACAUUGAUACAAAAGGGUUUGAACCAUGGCAAUGGCUCAUGAUCAUCACCGGUAUAAUGACGGUGAUCCUUGCCAUCUUAUUCUGGUUCUUGUUCCCUGAUUCGCCUACGAACGCCUGGUUCCUUACUCCCGACGAACGGGUGAAAGCCGUGCAGCGCAUAAAGGAAAACCAAACAGGGGUAGAAAACAAACACUUCAAGACGGAGCAGUUGAUCGAAGCCCUGACUGACCCUAAGACAUGGCUCUUCGCCCUCUUCUCAGCUCUAGACAAUGUGCCUAACUCAUUGACAAACCAGCAAGCACUCAUCAUCGCGUCGUUUGGAUUCAACGAUGUACAGACGACUCUAUUGUCUUGUGUUGGUGGUGUAAUCGAAAUCUUGACAAUUUUCACUGGUGUUCAACUUGCUACACGAUGGCCCAAUUCCAGAGCAUAUAUUGCCGUUAUAUACUUCGUCCCGACGUGGUGUGGGAUCUUGCUGGUCAACCUACUUCCUUGGUCUGAUCAGGUUGGACUUCUCAUCAGCCAGUUCCUGACUAGCGUCAGUGUGCCUGGAUUCGUGCUGGCGUUGUCGUGGCUCAAUAGCGUGACUGCUGGUCAUACGAAGAAGAUUGUUACUAACGCCAUUAUGCUCUCGGCUUACUGCAUUGGUAACGCAGCUGGACCCUUCAUGUGGAAGACACAAUACAAGCCGCGUUACCACAUUCCAUGGGCUGUAAUUGGCGCAUGCUACGUCGCCUGCCCGGUACUUCUCCUCGUCAUCCGCACCGUUCUCGUCCGAGAGAACCGAAUCCGUGAUGCAGAACCUGUUGAAAAUAGCGAAGAAUAUGUUAUCGAGCGCUUCACAGAGGAUGGGAAGUGUGUAGAAGUCAAGGUCGACAAGGAAUACCUGGAUUUGACAGAUAGACAGAACAGGGACUUCAGAUAUGUUUUGUAA